AUGGAAGAACAGCUCAGCUCAUCACUCUCAGUAACUCAUCUUCUUCAGCACACUCUAAGAAGCCUUUGCAUUCAUGACAACUCUCAAUGGGUUUAUGCUGUUUUCUGGAGGAUUUUGCCUAGAAACUAUCCACCUCCCAAAUGGGAUAGCCAAGGAGGAGUGUAUGAGAGGUCAAGAGGAGUGAGGAGAAACUGGAUAUUGGUUUGGGAAGACGGGUUUUGCAAUUUUGCAGCCUCAUCAACGGCUGAGAUCAAUGCAGCGGCGGGGAAAGAAUCGACGGUCUACGAAAAUUGUAAUAAUAAUUAUAAUAAUCAACAAUAUAGCAGCCAAGUAGGCUUGCAGCCUGAGCUGUUUUUCAAAAUGUCCCAUGAAAUCUACAAUUUUGGUGAAGGAUUGAUUGGAAAAGUAGCUGCUGAUCAUGGGCACAAAUGGAUCCACAAAGAACCAAAUGAUGAAGAAAUCAACUUCUUAUCUGCAUGGCAUAACUCACCUGACUCUCAGCCAAGGACAUGGGAGGCUCAAUUUCAGUCUGGUAUAAAGACCAUUGCUUUGAUUGCUGUUAGAGAAGGUGUUAUUCAAUUAGGAGCUGUUCACAAGGUUAUUGAGGACUUGAGCUAUGUAGUGCUACUAAGGAAGAAAUGGAGCUACAUAGAGAGCAUCCCAGGGGUAUUAUUGCCACAUCCAUCAUCCUCAUCAUCAUCAUUAGCAUACCACCAAUUUAACCACCACCCACAAGAGCCUCCUAAUUGGCACAAUAACAAUUUCCAACCCCACCCACACAACUACUUUGACCAUUUUGCCCCUCACACCCCCAUGAAGAUGAUAACCCCAUCCAUGAGCAGCCUCGACGCCCUCCUCUCGAAACUGCCUUCGGUCAUGCCCUCCUCGUCGUCCGUGGGGCCCGCAAAGGAAGAGAAUAUUGAAGACGACGAGAAUGCCGGCCACUGCCACCACUUUGGUUAUCAUCAUCAUGAUUUGAAUGUGAUUAAUAGUCAUGAUAUGGAUAACAUAUAG